CUUUCUUCGUCUUCUCGUCCUCUCUUAUUUGCCCGAGCCUUCACUCCGUGCGUGGCUUGCUUGGCUCGGUGUCGUAUUCAAUACUCAACUUUCCAUAGCAUCGCCCCAUCUCGACCAUCUUCAUCUUCGCUUUCCGCAGAGACUAAAGCCUAUUUUUAGGUGUAACUACCGAUCAACACCACCCCCCGGCUGUGCAAAAGGGCCUACUGUACUAUACACUGAACAGGCCCCAGCGACCAUCAUCAUCGCCAGCACCACCUGCCUCCUCCUCGUCCUCGUCCACACCCGCUCCUCCCACCGAAACCACUGUCCGACUGGCGACAAAACACAGACUAUUCCACGCAGUGGUGGAAAAACGAACGGUUGUGCGAUUUCUACAUAGACUCCUCCGUCCGAGUCCUCCGAGGCGCGUGCGUGCGUCGUAGUCGAGAGCAAUGGCCCGGCCGUUAGCUCCCCCGUCGUCGCGUCGUUCCACGCCUUCGAGCCCAGUACUGUCGUCGGACAUGGCGCGGGAUCGGAUAUGUUCGGAGUCCCCGUCAUGCGCCGUCGUCUCCCUACGCCGACCCCGACGACGAACCGCGUCGCCGUCGCCACUCAUGCUGCUCUUCUGCAUGAUGACCCUGUUCGUGAGUCGGUCGGCGGCGGUGCUAGUUUCUACCUUCGAUAAUUGUCUGUCGGACGAAGCUAGGAACUCAGAUGUUCACAUGCAGUUCCACCCCAUCCUCGUCUCGGCUGCGUUCGGAAGUCAGGGGGAUUUGCACGAUACUUUGAGGAUCACGGUGUGGGGCGAGGUUACCGGCGCCUCCAGUACAAAUCCCCGUGGCACGAGGAAGCGGGGGUUGGAGGAGGAGCCGUGGGUUCCCGAUUGGGCGGAGGAGCAUGAAGGAGGGAGGGAGGAUUACUUGCCGGCUCUUCCGGGAUUGGCGAAACGUCAGCUCAUCAAUGGUACCGGUCUUACGAGCUCGCUACAGGCACCCGCUACGUAUUUCGGCGACGAUUUCAGGGCGGCUUAUAGGUUCCCGAGCGACGGGAGAGAUUGGAACUAUUCGGGAUCGAUUGUUGAUGCAGAAUGGGAUAAUAAGGCAACCACGUUGAAGAGUAGAAUCCAAGUGUCAAGUUUCCUGAUCGACAGCGUGGAUGCGUUCUUCUGCCACGACCCCACUCGCGAUCUCACGGAAAACACGGCCAUCAAUGCUACCUGUCCGAUGGGAAAUUUGUUAUCCGCCGGAAAUGCGACAUCUCAAGAUCCCGUCGUGAUGGCAUCCUACCGUGUCGUGCCGGAGGACCAGCGGAACAACAUCACUUUCUUGACCCAGGAGCUACCGACUUUCACGGUGACUAGAAAUCUUGGUUCGGAAUACCAGUUUGCGACUUUUGGCGUUACCUUGAGGAUCGUGGCGGGCGACGGUGCCGCGACCGAUGUGGGAUGCGUACACGUCGAGAUCACGCCCGAGCUCAAGCAGAGGAACAAGUCGAUGUUGACCUGGCUUUUCGCUUCGGUCCUGAUGCUUGUAGGAAUCGCUUCGAUUGUGGCCGCAAUGUUCAAUCCGUGGAACGGGACAACUGAUGUGUUUCGUUUCAGUAGCAACUACGGGAUGGACGACGAUAUGCUUCGCCUGGUCACUCCCGGCUUCGCCGACUGUCUGCAAUGGCUGCAGUUCAUCGUCCUGACCGGAAGUCUAUCUCUGAGUUAUCCGGGUUUCUACCAGCCAAUAGUUUCCAGAGCCGCCUGGAGUAUCCUGAUGAUGAACUCAUCGUAUUAUACGCACGAUCCUAUCAGCCGGGAAUCUUGGAAAGGCGAUGGCAUCUAUGCAUUCGAGGCGUGGGUAUACGGCUACGAGCGUAUGUCGCAGGCGGUCGGAUUUUUGACUACCAAUGAUGUCUGGGUUUCGGUGAUGGCGUAUUUUGCCGUUCUCCUUGUGGGUGCUAUUGUCAUCUUUCAGAUUUGGUUCUGGGGCAGGUGGGCCCUCUGGAAAUGUACCGGAGUCGAAGAGGAGGAUCUAACACGCAAGAAUUUGCCGUUUACUGCUGGGAUCAUCUAUCGGUUCACGUACACGUACUUUCUGUUACCGGUCCUGGCUGCUUGCGCGUUUCAACUCGCUGUGGCUUCGCGCUCGUUGUCGAUUACAGCUGGUGCUUGCGUUAUUCUGGUCCUCAUCGUUACGAUUUCGGUCUGGCUCACGUACCAUAUAAUGAGCAAAUACCCCCGGUCUGAGCUCUACGACACCUUGCCGACGCUACUCGUCUAUGGAACGUUUUACAACACGUACCGCGAAAAGAGCUUGCGCUUCUUCAUGUGCAAUCUCUACAUUAACAUCUUGCGUGCGAUAGCAUUCGGAGCGUUACAGCCAUCAGGAAUCGCACAAAUCACCAUCCUUGCCGCCUGUGAGAUCGCGAUGAUCCUGUCGAUCUACGCCAUCAAGCCCUAUGCACCGGCGACGUCGAUGAAUCUGUGGCACUUUAUCUUUUCCUGCGUACGACUACUCACGAUCCUACUGAUGAUGGCGUUCGUGCCGUCAAUCAACUCGUCGGAUACAGUCAAGGGAUGGCUGGGCUGGGUCAUCCUGGGAAUCCAUGCCGCGGUGAUGCUGUUCGGCUUUGUGCUCAAGGCGUUGCAGACUAUCCUCGAGGUUGCGGUUAGGGCCUGCCGAUCGGAUGAAGAAGCUGCUAGAGGCGGCUUUGCUAAGGUCUUCGGAGUUCGCCAACUAUCCCGUCGAAAGCGGCACUCGAGCAAAACCCACCGUUCCUCGACCCUCUCGCCCACGCCGAUCGUUGCCAACGAACGUAGGCCAUAUUUACUCAAUGCCCGCCAUCCGCACAGCCGGACUAAUUCUUCUGCCGCAUUUCUUCUAGGCUCUCCUGCCAUCGAGCGACCCCCACUCGUCGUAGAUAGCUCGCAGCACGGCCACACAAAUUCCAACUCCAACACGUCUGCAGCUACCACACCGAUAACGGCUGGGUACGGGCACAUCCCGCCAGUUGAAAAUGUCGCGGGACCGUAUUAUCGACCUCCGCGUACUCGGCGCGUUGAUGGUGGAUUAGGGGAUGCGUACUCGCCCACUGAACAAUCUCCGGGCAGCUGGAGCGAGGCGGGUUUCGGAAAGCAGCGGUCGUCACAGGCAUCGCUACCAGCACACGUUCUCAUGCAGCAGCAGACAGAGGAACACGACUGGGAUGACCAGCGAGAGCGGGGAACGCCUGCCCCCAGCGCACAGUACGGGCACAGAUACACGGACUCGGCUGUAACGGUGGGCAGUGCCCGCGGUGCCGGAAAUACGGACUACGCGGUGCGCGAGGUCGACUUCUACUACGGUGUGCGCGGCCCCGCAUUAUCUGCCCAGCCGCAGAGGAGACUGGGCACCGGACCGGCGGAUCCCACGGGGCCCGUCAGUAAUGCCAAAUCAUGGAUCAAGCAGAAACUUGGGCUUGCGCGCGGGGAGAAGGAGAAGGGUUUCAGUGUUGUGCGCUCAUCUAAGGCGCCGAUGCAGCGGGUGCCACAGUCGGAACCUUCCGCGCCCAUAGGCGUCGCCAUCACCAGCGACAACGAUCCAGAGCCCGAACCCGAACCGGAGGAGAGAGAGGCGCCGGAGGCGGUCCCGUCCACCACGCGCCGCACCAACAUCGACACCGACACCUCGAGCGACUACUCGUCGGACGAGGAGCCGGGCGAGCCAGGUCCCAGCACCCACAUGCUCGGCUCGUCGAGCGGGGAGACAAACAUCGAGCUCAAGCCGACGGUUCCGCGCAAGUCCUCGAAGCGCCGGAGCAGCAGCGCCCGGCAGCCGUCAACACAACUGUACGACCCGCCAAUCCCGCGCCUGCCGUUCGAGGACGAGCACGACCGCCUCGCUGCCCCCGGAGAAGGGAAUCGAUACCACAGCUUCACCACCAGCUCGCGGAGCAGCAGUCCGCUGGAGCCCCCGCAACUGGUCAUGGAAGGUCGCCCGGGCAGCGGAGAGUCCCUCGGCCGCGUCAGCGCCGGUCGCGUCGGCGCGGUCGUUAGAGACGAGCGCGGCGAGGUAAGGGGGAGCCAGGCCGAACUUGUUAGGGGCGGGAGUGGCAGUAGCACUAGUGAGAGGAAGGGCGGCGGUGAGGAUGUGGGCAGGGACGAACGGUAGUUGUUUGGUCUUUUCUUUUAUCUUUUGUUUGAGGGCGGCGGCGGGAGGCGGCUAAAAUGGGUUUCUUGUUUUGGGGCAUGGAUGGGUUGUACUUGUGUUUUUUUUUACUGACUUACUUACUUACUCAAUGUUACUGGGUCGUGGUCCCCCAGGUGAGUUUUUUUAAUGUGUUGGCUAGCCGGUGUACGGUGGCUUUUAUGUUCUUUUUGGAGCUAGGCGGCGAGGGGAGGGGAGGGCAUGGGAGGGCAGGGGUUGUACUGU